UCGCAUCGCAGUCGAUGAAAUGCUAAAUCGUAUCCGAUCCAGAAUAGUUAGCCGUGGAGCCGUGGUCGGUAAAAGAUGACCAACUUUCUAGUAGCGGCCACAAUAUUUGCCGCUGUCGUUGAAUGUGCUUUCGCGAAUGAUAUUGAAGACAAGCUGAUCACGCUCGCAGUGUCUCAGUCUUUUGACUCUGGUUCCGAUAUCAGCUAUGUUACCAGAGCCGUCCUAUCUGUUCCCCUGGCCCGACCAUCGGAAAGCACUUUUCACCAAGUGCCACUUUCGGCGUCUGACGCAGCCAAGCUAAGGAAACUUGCAGAGGAGAACGGCCUGUACAGGGUGCGAGUGGCUAACGAACAAAAUGACCCUGCUUUCGUUGUGUCGUCUUUUGCAAAAGCCUGCUCCCUCUACGAGUCCGAGCUGAAGGACCACUUCAUGGUGACAUUGGACCGUUCUGGUGCCCUUCUUGGGGUGUCGGACUUCGUUGGUCAGCAGUGCACGGGCACAUAUGUUCCAGACCACAAGCUUGUGAACUUCAACACCACUCUCUCUGUGUCGAUAGUAAACAUUGCUCCUGGGCCGGACACACAAACUUAUAUUCGACGCCUGGAGCAGGAAAAAGGCCGAGAGGGCACGUGGAGAAAAUGCUGACAACCGUUCAUUCUUUGCCAAAUAUUGGAUGUACAUCAUGCCACUUCUCAUCUUCCUGCUCAUCUCGGGUGCUUCAAAUCCAGAAGGACAGGGAGGUGGCAGUUCUGGUCGUUGAUGAAGUUUAGAUGAAUAGGAAACCACCAUUUGUAAUAUAUUCACUUUGAGCACAUCACUUUUCAGUAGUUACUCUGUGCACUCUGCAGCAACUGAAGACGAGCGUGUGUGUGAUUGUUGUUAAUAAAGGUUUGUGGUGUAAUGCUGUUCA